AUGGACCCAGCAAACACUCCUCUCGUCACCGGAGACGAUUCCAUGUCGGCGAGGCAACCCGUCUCGGACAAUGCAGCGCCCUCUGCCAACCACCUAUCUCCUACAGCCCACCUCUUCAAGAUGCAGGCAGCCGACGAACAGGACUGCUGCACUGCAACCAGCGAAGCCGGCUUCGACUGCACUUCCCUUGUAGAAAAGAAGUUGUCCAGACCCACGAACACCGACUUCGACGAAACUGCUCACGCCUCGAGCUGCGCUGUCUGUGCCGGUCUACGUGCGGACAAGUCCGAGCCAGCAUCGCCAACUUCCGAUACCUCCAGCACUCCCGUCGCCUCUUCUCAAAUGGACGCCUCGAGUUCAUGCGGCACAUCUCCAAUCUCUGAACGCUUUCAACAUCCGCAAGAGCCGCAGGCGGUGGCUCUUGACGAUCAUCCCACGAGAGCUGGACAGACUGCUUGCAAAUGCCAUCACGGUAUACGUCACCAAUCCAAUGAACAAGUCGAAGCGCCUCCCGCACAUCGCAUUACGAAGUCGUCUGUGCCCACCAAGGUCGCAGCGAAGCAAGACCCGGCAGCGUCUCGGGUACCCAACCGCACGAAGUACUCUGUACCUAGCAACACCGCGUCUGAGAUGCAAAUGCCAUUGCCAGAAGUUGGUCAUACUUCCGCUUGCCAAUACCAUCUUUCGAGGCGCGUGCCGCACAACGACUCGAUGAGAUCUACUGGUCCAGCCUGCAGCACCCACUCACCGGAACCUGGCCGCGAAGAUAUUUGUCAAUGCUCUGGUUCGAAGUGCUCAUCGCGGAAGAAACAGCUCAGCGUGCCAGGCAAGCACCGCCCAGCGAAUUCAUCCCUCACAGAUCGGACGGUAAAACAGCUUCGUAGCGUUUGGAGCGAAGUUGCAGAUGUCGUACAACCUGUCCGUGUCUGGCACUACUGCGUUGGUGUAAUGAGAACUGCCAUUGGUCUGUUGAUAUUUCCGCUCGGCUUGCUCUUGGCUUUGUUUGCCCUCCUGUACAUCUACCGCCUAUGGCUCAGCGCUGCCGAAGUCGUGGUUGUGCGUACGAUAGGCAUGGUCUGCUCGCUUCCACUGGUCGGCCUCUUCCGCUUCUGUCCUCAAAUCGAGACCAAACCAAAUCGAUACGUCACGAAAGUCAUCGCUCAAGACGUCGAACUUGUUUCAAUGCAAAAUAUGGCCUCAGAUGCCGCGGCUUUGCCCUAUCAGCUUUAUGCAGGGCAGGCCGAAUUCAUGGCAAUCCUUCACGAGCUCGCGGCACUAGACCUGCCAUCGAGGACGUUCAACCGUUUGAGUGAUCAAGCUGCCCAGCGAAUUACGGACACUUUGGCGAUGACCAACUCGCUCAUUGACGGCACGAUUCUGGCAAAUUCAUGGGCUUCGAACAAGCUCCGCCUGAUUGUGAAGCGGGAGAAUUCUCUUUUGGCGCCCAUGCACUCAAUCCCAAAGGUAUUCGGAGUAAAGUCUGCUUCUGAACGCGAGCUGGGCUUCGUGUUCAGUGGCCUCACCAUGAAGCUUAGCAGGAGGACCCAAACUGUUCUCGGUCAACAUCAGCAGCUGUCAGCUACCCUGGUUCAGCUCAAAAAUCUGUUGGAUGAUCUCGCUAUCGGGUUCUUGGAGGCCGGUGAGGUUGUUGAGGAGGAGAAGUUGGAUGAAGAAGCUUACUGGAAGCACAUCUUACGUGCACACCAACACAAAAUGCGCGACUGGGAUAAGAAGACAAAACUCUGCGCCCGAUUCUGCGACUACACAAAGAAAGCCGGUAAACUCAUCGGAGCGACGACUCUAUCCCUGCAAGCAAUUGGCGGAAAUCUCAAGGUCUUAAAGGAGGAGUUGGACGAGACGCCCGCAUUGCUUGCUUCGGACGAAGCAUCCCUGGAGCUUACCAUCGCAUCGAUCGCGAAGAGUGUCGAACUUCUCGAAAAGUCACGCACGCACUCAGAAUCGCGACAAAAAGCGCGGGUGGAACGAUUCGAACGAUCGACGAUCGAGAGAAAGGCGCAGGCGCCAGACGUCUAA